AUUCCAACCUAGGUGAACAGAUGGCUAAGAGUGUGUCUUUUAUAAGUGAAAAUAUGGAUAUUUCAGAAGGAACUGUAGCACCUAAGCAGAAGAAUUUGACAGAAGGGAUUAUUUUAGCAGGGAUUGGUCUAGUAUUUGCUUCUUCUCUUCCUGUAUUCUUAAACAUGUAUGAUGAUGUGCCAAUACCAACCUUUGGCAUCUGGAGAUACUUCGUAACUUGCAUCUAUUGUGUGCCAAUCUCAAUACUUGUGUGGAUGAGGAAUAAGGCUGAUAUUAUAAUAAGUGAGGUAUUUUCUUAUCAAACUGCUUUGAAUAUCUUGCUUGGAUCUUGCUGCUUUACGCUUGGUUCUUAUGUUUAUAUCACUAGCACGCAUUAUACUAUUUUAGCACAUUCUAUUACUCUCUGUAACUCUGGAGGGCUCUUCUUGAUUGCUGUUAACUUGUUGGUCUGAAGCAAAGUUCACAAAGCAGAGAUAUUUGGAGCAAUUAUUGUGAUCUGAGGCAUAGCUGUACUUCUACAAGACCAUAGUUCUGUGAAGAAAAGUAGAAGUACUGAUAUCUUGAAAGGAGACCUGUAUGGGCUAGCAGCCAUGCCCUUAUAUGCCUCCUCUUACAUCUUCAACGCAAGAGCAUGCAAGGUACUCCCAUCGAUGAUCGUGUUCCAUUGUUUUGGGUUUAUCCAAAUGAGUAUUUAUAUUACGUAUUAUGUCGUUUUCACUGAUGUGUCCUGGACUCUUCUGCUUUCUCGUGAUAUAACAUACGGGUUCUUUGGCUGGCUCACUCCAGAGUACUUUGUACUCUCAGCUGUGAUUAUUUCCUUCUUCUUGGGAAUCUUCGGAGUCGGAAGCUAUAUCUUCCUGCUCGAUUAUUUCUCACCAAGUGUAGUGGCUAGUUUGUUUCUGCUUCAGCCCUUUGUGGGCCAGAUCCUCGGAGUUCUAUUCGGGCAGGAUGGGAUGCCUGGUGGCUUUGCUUAUUUUGGAGCAAGCAUUAUCACCAUUGGCCUCUGCUUGAUUAUCAAGGGCAAUACAUUGAAAGACAAAGAAGAUGUAGAGCUUGAGAUAGCACAGGAUGUCGAGAUGACUGAUAAGAGUCUUCUUGCAAACGAUCCUGAAAAAGAUAUUUUGACGUAACAUUCAAUCAACAA